UCAAAAUUAUUACGAUACAAUAUAUGAUACAUAUGAUGGCGUAUAUUCCUACCGCAUGACUAUUCGUGAAAAAAUAUGUCACGUUAGACUUAAUGUUAUAGGAUCAGCAAGAGCCCGGUCAGUCUCUAACCCUAAGACCACAACACAACAAACAGCGAUCACAUAUGUCAAGCCAAAGACGGCGACAGUUACUCCGUCAGAAGAAAUACUACAAGAUAUGUCAAAACCUACGUCCACUGAUACUCCAAAAGACCUUCCAGCGGAAUGGACAUACGUGAGCGUAGGUCUGGGCGUGGUCGUUGUGGCUUUAGGAGUAGCAGGUCUAAUUGUAUAUGUUUAUAGGAGGCAGCGAAGCCGAAACACGGCUACACCAGACACUGAGCACAACUAAGUCAAGUCAAUGAACUCGGAGUCGAUAUAUUCGAAUAUGUCAACACGAGCGGUGCCACUGGAUUUGACGCGUGUCUCUGAUUCUGUUUUAUUUUAAAUUCUAAGCUUCUUUGUUUUGUAACUCGUGUCUCUAUUACUAAACGUAAACAAUGUGAAAGUGAUUAUAAACCAAAUAGUCAUAUUAGACGCAGCACUCACAAUACUGCUGGUCCACCAGCUUAAGAACGAGCUAUGCUCGGAAUUUCACUUGGGGAUAAAAUUUGUGAUGAAGUUAAC